AUGUCACACCUCUAUAGCUAUGGGGAUAACAUUUAUUACAGUGCAAGUGAGCCCAGCUUCAGUGGAACCAGCACCAUGACUCCACCAAGUGGCAAAGCCAUCUACCGCCAGCGGAAGGACUACACUGAAUCAAUGAUAGACAAGCAACAUGAAUUUCAUCAUCGGGUGGAGCACCUUAUUAUUUGCUCUGUGGAUGGCAGGAACAUUUGCAAUGUACAGAGCUGUAUUGAACAGCUGAAGAUGAUGAAUGCACAAGGCCAGGUGUGGGGACAAGACAUGCUCAUGAAGGUGAAAAAUCAGACUUUGCUGCUGACUGACGUUGAAGCAGAGGAAGAGCUGGAUUCCUACCCUCUGGAUUGCAUCCAGGAAUGUGCCUGCAUCCUUGACAGCUGCAUCUACAACUCAAUUUUGGCUAUCACUGUGAAAGAAGUGAAAUUACACAGGACCAGCAUCAUGCUUUUUCAGUGUGAGGACCUUGAGGCACACUUGAUGAAAGCUAAAUUGGAGAAGGCAAUUGAGAAAGGAAGAAGUGAACAGCAGAAUCAGCAGUUGCUCAGAAACAAUCUGGAGACCAUGCUACAUCAGCACAGCCAAGGAUCCUUUAAGGACAACCCCCAGAGGCUUAUCUGGGACAAAAGGGCAGCAUUGUCAAUGGAAUCAGAUAGAGGUUCUGCUCAAUCCGAUACACCUGGACAGAAGCAGGAGCAGCAUCCUUGGGAAGUCAGUUCGGUUCCCAUGGAUCACAACAGAGGAGCUGAAGCAGCACUUAGACAGCAACAGCAGGAAAAUUCUGGGUUUGAAACAACAUGGGACAAAGACAGAGAUACUGAGAUCUUGAACCAUAUCCUGAGUGACAUUGAGAUCUUUGUAGACAAGCUGCAGAAGGCCAAUCACCCAGUCAGUGACAAAAAGAAAAAAAGGAAAUCAAAGACAAAUAAACAUGAGGAGUUACUGCCUCCAGAGCUUGAGUUCAAGGACUGGUUCCAGAAGAUUAAAUACAGCUUCAACUUGCUGGCAAAGCUUGAACAUUCACUGCAAGAACCAAGUGCCCAGGAUCUGCUUCAUCUCAUCUUUUCCACUUUCUCCACUAUUUUGUCCAGUUGUCCAUGGACCAAUUUGGCCUCAGCAGUAGACAUGCCUUUGUUGAGUCCAGCAGCUAUUAGUCUGCUAAAGCAUUCCUUGAAUUCAGAUGAACAGGCUAUAUGGAAGAAGUUGGGAGAUGCUUGGAAUCUCACUAGGUCAGAAUACCCAAAUGGAGAAUUGAUCCCUCCAUACAACCCUGUAUUCUCAGAUGGAUGGGUACCUCCCACACCCCCUCAAAGGGAGGAGUUUCUUAAUAUCAAUAAGGCCCGCAAUAGAAGCCAGAAUACUUUCUCAGACAGGGCAUCUGAUUCUCCCCAACUCAUGCAAGCCACAGUUGAAUUCCAUGCAAGAAACCAUCGAGAGCUCACUGUCACGAAGGGAGAGCUGCUAGAGGUUUUGGACCAACAAAAAAAAUGGUGGCUUGCUAGAAAUACUUCAGGAGUUACUGGCUACAUCCCUAACAACAUCCUGAAGCCCUUGGAUCAGAAGGCACCCGAGGGAAACAGUAUGGGGCAGGUCCAGAAGAGCAUUCCUGAACUCCAGCCAACAUCUACUCCAGCAGAGGUCACAGCUUGGCUCAAAUCAAAUGGUUUCUCCAAUAUGACAGUUAAAUCCCUUGGUGUCCUGAAAGGAAGCCAGCUUCUAUCAAUGAGCCCAAAAGAUUUAUCCAUGGUGUGCCCAGAAGAAGGGAAGAAAGUUUUUUUCAAGCUUUCACCAGUUAAAACUAUGCUGGAGUAAGUAACAUCUCCAUGAGCAGCCUUCAGUAGCUUUCUUCAGGCACUUCAGAUCCUUCUUCCAAAGAUCAUCAUGGCGAGAGUUGUCAGUUAUCUUCUUGCCAAAUCCAACUGUUUCUCAAGAACAUUUUUGUGCAUAUAUCAUCUCCCCCUCCCAUGCUGGCCAGGAUUCAGAAGAAAAAAAUGUACCAUGUAUAGAAGUUUAGGCACAGUCUGGGGUUCAGGGUCUGAACGUUAAUCCAGGUUUUGUAUCAUGCAAUCUUUUGUGUCAUGCAAUCUUGCAAUAUUCCAGGCAGCUCUGUAAUUAAAACCUACAUGUCUUAUUCCCCAUUGCUUUAGCUGACACUUAUUUUGGUGCCUAUUAGGGAGAUACCCUCCCCAAAUAAAACCCCAUAAGAUUGAAAUCCACCUGUGCAGUCAAAUAGAGCAUCAAAUUCUUUGUCUCUACAGUUGGGGAUUCAUGUACAGAAAAGGAUAGUGGCCUAGGAAUCCCCAAGAAUCUCUCAGACCCCACAAGUGCAGACAAGGAUAACAAAAGUUCCCUCAUAUAGACAGGGCCCAACUUCAAGCAGCAAGACCAGUCUAAAAGCACCACGUGUAUGUGUGUGUGUGUGUGGGAGGAGGCAGAAGUAACAGUUCUCUCCAAUUGAAAGCAAAAGCUAACUAUGUGCAGUGUCGAUUGGCUGGUGCCUUAUGACAUGUCUAAGAAUCCUCUCCCCAGAACACAUUUGUGCUUACAACAAAUGAAAGGACAAAUGUAUACACAGUGCUUAAAAGCAGCGAAACGGCAAGCCUGUGAGUCAAUGUGCAAAAGAAAGAGAAAAUUAAAACAAACAGUCUUCGAAUUCUAAUCCUGCCAUUAUUCUAUACUUGCUUGGAAUACCUACAGAUUUGGCUGUUCUCUAUUAUAUACUCUAUGGCAAGGGUCCCCAAGUGCCUGCUGGCGCCUUUCCUGGUCCCCACCAAGUGUUUUAGAAAGUUGGUGGGGCUUUGCCUAGCAAGGCUUCUAAUUGGCCACUGGAGAUUUGACAAGCUGUACAUAUUUUUUUAAAAUGUUGCUUUGGCAGCAGCUACCACGGCAGUACCACUGCACACCUCAUGGUGUGACUGAAGGUAUGCAACAGCAGCCAUUUUGUGGCAGGUUUCACCUCCUGUGUGACAGCUGUUUUGUGGCUGUACCUUAUAUAUUGUGUCAAAAUUCCAAAGGUAUCCAUAGGCUCAAAAAAAGGCUGGGGACUCCUGUUUCAUGGGCUAGGAAAGUCUGAGCUGGUGCUAGAAGCUUAUUUGUCCAUGUCCCAUACCUCCUCAUUAACUCCCCCUCCCCCACUUAAAAUGCCAUUUGCAGAGUUCAAGUAUGUCGGUCCAGAGACUUUCCACAAAUCUGGGCACAAGAUUUUCUUAAAAAUCAGAAACUUCAUGAUUUGGGGAUGAAAAACAGGUUGUCUUCCAAACUAAAAUCUUUGGAAAUGCAAAUUUAGAGUGCAACUUCAUUGUGUGCAGAUAAACAGAAACAAUGCUCUUAGCAAAUAAACGGAAGAGGAUAUUUGAAGUGAAACUAGAAGUAGGUUUAAAUGUAAUUAGGAAGCUAACGAUAAUGAAGUAAUAGGAACUCAAUAAAACUAUUCUUAUAAUGAGAUUUGGGCAACAAGUAUUUUAAAUGAAUUAAGAACAGUUCAAUAUUUUAUCUCUGUUUGGUCCAGAAUUAAUCUGCGUGUAUUAGAUUCAAUUAAAAAUAUAAAUAGUCCUGGAGUAGUCAGUAGCAAUCAAAACAUUAGUUGUUAGUCCAUUAGAAACAAUCAGUAUAUUCCUAAUCAUAAACAUGGGAUAUAACUUACAGCAUAAUGCAUACAAAAGAUAUUGGAGGUGGGGGUAUUUUGAUGAAUAUGGAUGCAACAAGAAAAUGGAACAAAACUUCAGUUUUUCCAGAAGUGUUAAAACUACCUUCAUUUUAUUGUUGAAUUGGGUGUGAACACUUUUGUAUUAAUAAAAAUAAAACACAGAAUUUUA